AUGGCUUCUGUCAUUGGCAGAAGGACCGCCUUGACGGCCGGCGCUGUGGGAGUGGCCGCCGGAACCAUGGGUACGUGGUUCGAGAUGAGCCACGGGGUCUUCUGCAUCCCCGUGCUGACUCUGCCCCCGCUGGCCUUGAACCAUCAGGUGGCCACGGCGUGCCCAGGCGAGCGCUUCCCCAUCGAUGAGCGCGCCGCCGACUUCCUGGAGAAGGUAAGCGACGAGGUGCUCUCGACUGUGCUCUCUGAGUUCCGCCCGAAGCGAGAGGGUGAGGGCAACUACUCCGCGCUGGUCACCAACUUCGUGCGGUCGGUGCAGAGCCGCAUCAGCCGACAGCAGCACUCGCGCGUGCAAGAUCGCAGUAGCAGUAGCGAGCCGCGGCGGCGGCGGCGCCGGACGCGCUACAGGCACUCCAGCAGCGAAAGCGAGGACAGCUUCGGGCGUCGCCGGAAGCCCUCGGUUCAAUCCCCGAGCUCGCCGCCGCUGAAGCCCAAGCGGAAGGUGGAGGACUCAGAGGAAGAGAGCGCGCUCCCGGAACCGGAGCAGCUCGACCGCUUGCAGGCGGCAGUGCAGCACGCGCAGGACGAGCUCACGCGGGUGGAGGCGGACGCGCGGGACGACGAGCGCCUGAAGGCGGCCAAGGCGGAGGAUGAGUACUCCCGGGAGGUGGAGGAGGCAACAGUUCAGGUUCGCGAGCGCGCGGAGCGGGACAUGGAGCUGAAGUUGAAGGACCUCGAGCGCAGGCUCCGGAACGAGAUGGAGCAGGCGGUGGAGGACGGGAAGGUUGCAGCAGAGGAGGCCGCGCAGUCUCGCCGCCUGGAUGCGGAAAGGGAUGCCCGACAGGAGCGGGAGCGGCUCGUGGCGGAGGCGGAGCGCAGCCUGCGCAGCGCGCGCAAGGCGCAGAUGUUGGCGCAGAAGAAGAUCGAGAGAUCCGAAAAGAAGGCAGCGGCCAAAGCCAAGCGCAUGCUGUCAAAGGUGUCGAGCUCCCAGUCACCUCCAAGAAAGAAGGAGAAGAAGGUUGAGAAAGAGAAGGCGAAGAAGGAAAAAAGGGAAGACAGCGACGACAGCGAUGCUGGUCGCCGGCAUCGGAAGGAUCGCGCCCUGAACGGUCGGCGAGACCGGCGACGACACAGCGAGAGCCGGAGCGAGGAGUCGACUUCCCGCCGGCGGGAAGUGCGGCUGUCUGCGAGGUCCAGGUCCCGGUCCCAUCGACGGAGCGGCGGCGGCGGCGGCGGCGGCGGCGGCGGCGGCGGCGGCGGCGGCCCUACGCAGCGCGAACUGGACGACUUCCGGGAGCGGUACCCCAUCGACACCCGGGCCUACGGGGUGCUCAUGAGCGUGCCGGGCGAGGUGCAGAAGUCUGUGCUGAACCAAUUCCGGCCAAAGCGCGAAGGCGAGCCGGACUACUCCGCCCUGGUCGCUAGCUUUGUGCGCGCGGUGAUGCAUCGGCACUCGAUGAAUCAGCCGCGCCGAGACGAUGGCGGACCAGGGGCCAGCACACUGGCGGAGUUCCGUGAGAGGUACCCCAUGGACGACCGCGCCUUCGGGGUGCUGGAGCGCUGCGCGCGCCCGGUGCAGGCCACGGUGCUGGCCGACUUCCGGCCCCGCCGUGAGGGCGAGGACGACUACUCUGCCCUGGUCAUGGGAUUCGUCCGGUCCAUCGAAGCGCGCACGGGCGCCGGCAACCGUCAGAGAGAGCGUGGCUAUCGACGCGACGAGGGCCGGUCGCGGAGCAGCGACUCCGCGUAA